UAUAUACUUUACUGAUUAUACUUCUGUUUUGUUUAACAUGAAAAAUAACGAAGCAAAUAUGAAUAUUCCGGCCUUUUAUGCCGGCCACAGUAUUUUUGUAACCGGUGGCACGGGUUUUUUGGGAAAAGUGCUUAUUGAAAAACUCCUGCGAUCUUGUCCCGAAAUAACAGAAAUAUUUAUAUUGAUCAGACCAAAAAAGGGAUUGAACAUUGAUGAUAGGCUUAAAAAAAUAUUAAGUAACAAGUUAUUCGAUACACUACGAAACAAACCAUCCAUUUUUGAUAAAAUCAUCCCUAUAACAGGAGAUGUAACUGCUAAAAAUUUAGGAUUGUUAGCCGUAGAUCGUGAAAUCUUAAUUGACAGAGUAUCCAUAAUUUUUCACAUUGCCGCUAACGUCAGAUUUAAUGAAGCACUCAAAGAAGCGGUCUUCACUAAUAUUAGAGCAACACGUGAUAUUUGCAUCUUAGCCGAAAAAAUGAAAAAAUUGAAAGUUCUUUUGCAUGUUAGUACAACGUACUCGCAAACCGAUAAAUUUGUAGUGGACGAGAUUUUAUAUCCUUCAAUAUUUAACUGGAAAAAAAUGAUAGAGAUUGCCGAAUCCAUCGAUGAAUAUAGUCUUGAAAUAUUAACAGCAAAAUUUCUAGGAACGAUGCCAAACACUUACACUUUUACUAAAAAAUUGGCUGAGGAAGUGAUAGACGAUUAUUCCAGAGCGUUGCCUUGUGUACUCGUUAGGCCUUCGAUUGUCGUAUCAACAUUGACUGAUCCUGUAGAAGGUUGGAUUGACAAUUUCAAUGGGCCUGUUGGCAUGUUAAGUGGUGGUGGCAAAGGCAUAUUGCGAGUAGCGUGGUGUGACCCUAAUCUUAUUUUCGAUUUAGUGCCAGUUGAUAUAGUCAUUAAAGUUCUAAUUAUUGCAGCUUGGAAAUUUGGAAUCAAAACUGAGAACAAAACAAUUGAAGUUUAUAACUGUUCCGGAAAUAAUAUGAAGCCAAUGCCUAUACAGACUAUAAUUAACUUCGGCCUGAAGAUUAUAAAGAAUAUGCCUUUGGAUAACAUACUUUGGAAGCCAGGAACGAUAAUAACAACAAAUUUUUACAAAUAUUACAUAUUGAUGUUAUUAUUACACAUUUUACCAGCAAUUUUUAUAGAUGGCAUUUUGAAAUUAUUUGGUGCGCGCCUAAUCUUGUUCAGAUUACAAAGAACAGUAUACGUGUCUAACACCGCUUUGUCAUAUUUUAUGAUAAAUCAAUGGAAAUUUAUCAAUAACAAAAUGCAAAAAAUGUUUGAUAACCUCAACGCCAAUGAUAUAAAAGAAUUUGGAUGUGUUUACCAAACUAUCGAUCUAUUGCAAUUCUUUAAAAACGGAAUAAGAGGUGCAAAAUUAUAUCUUUUUAAUGAAAGCAUAGAUAUGGAUAGUAUAAAAAUAGCUAAACGUCACUAUAAAAGAAUGACUUGGAUCGAUACAAUAAUUAAGACACUAUUUAUUGUGAUCAUUCUAUGGUUUUAUCACCUGAAUCUGCCUACGUCACAAGAACAACAGGUGGAAGAUAAAUGUUUCGCAAGGAAAUUGUAUGGUAAUUGCAAGUUUCGCAGCGUGCGUAUGGGACAGGUUUGCGGGCAUUUCGUUGAUUAUCCCGCAAAUGCGAUUAGACUGUUAGUGUGGUCUCCCGAUUCUGAGUAA